AUGUCUCCAGCGGCAGAUACAACGCACUCGACAACGAAACCGUGUGCUCCGAAUCGCAGCAGCAUUCCAGAGACCUGCAGCCGCGCCCCAAACGGCACGCGUGCCUCCGCUGCGGACGAGGUGACUCUGUUGACGGCCCCACAGUUUGCGAAGUCCACAAAGGACACUCGAAGCACCGCGCGGCAGCAGGAGGAGCAACUCAGCGAUGUGCUUGUGCUGAUUCGGCAUGGGGAGCGGCAGGAUCACGUCGAUCGUGCGUGGAAAGGCAACGCACUUCUCCCCCUCUACGACCCGCCUCUGUCAAACGCUGGCCGGAUGCAGAGCUUUGAGACGGCGCUUAGGUACUUCGCACUCCGGCAAGAGAGGAAGGUGGAGAAGCGCAUCCGCGGCACGUUCACGCUCUUUCUCGUGUCCCCAUUUCACCGGUGUAUCGAGACGGCAGCGGUUAUGAACGUCAUUGCGUUCGAGGGAAGGCUGCCAAUGUACGUGGAGCCGUUCUUGUCGGAUUGGCAGCAGGCGAAGGUGUUUCGCACCGCUCCCGUGCUGGGAGGCUCGUACACGACCAGCGGGAGACCCAGCGUACCCGGCGCAAAAGGCGAUCGGCUCCUUUUCCGACCACAGGUGGAGGCGCUUCGCGUGACGCUGAUCCCGUUCCUGAAAACGCGCGCAGCGGAAGAAACCGAGCUCCUCGCCGAGUACAAAAUCGGCGCUGAAGUGGCGAGCGCAUGGACCACGUUGGCGGAGGAGUGGCUAAACACACACACCGCGCUUCCCGUCUGGACCUGCGCCGCGGCGACGAAUGUCAUUGAGGCAAAGGUCGCCUCGCGGUCUGACGGCGCCAGUGAUGUGCGGGCGACAAGCCGAAAGGCUGCCAAGGGUUCCCAGCCUUCUCCACGAGAUGCCUCGAAUGAGGGGUAUCGCGGCUGCGGCGUGGCGCACCCAGAGGGCAAGUCGGACCUGCUCCGGCGCUGCGAGCAGGUGAUGAGCACGCACUUUCUCCGGUGCGCCGCUGUCGCGUCGGAUACUAUGGUACCUUUGGCAAUUCAGACUGCCGUGGCCGCGGAGCGAACGACGCGUUUGCCCAAGUAUUUUCAGAUUUGGGCAGAGCGCCCAGAGGAGAACCGCGAGUCUGCCGGGCCGCCGGCGCUGCUGCCACCAAUGCAUAUCAUGGCCAUCACUCACGCCGACGUGGUGUCCACGCUCUUGGAGGUGUGCUGCCCCAAGUAUCACGACAAGGGUGCCGGCUAUUCAGUGCCCUACUGCAGCGUCACGACGCUUCAGCGGCACAACAACUACUACCGCAUCCCAACCGCAGAGGAGCGGCGUCGACGAGAAGCGAGUGCCAGCACUCUCGCACCUGCUCAAAAUCGCGGAAAGUGCUAUGCAAAGAAGAAAGGCAACACGCCAUCAUCCAAGAAUCAGCUGAUGACUCCGAUUCGGACAAGACCACUCUCGCCAUUGUCCGUGGAGUGGAAUGUGGAGGCGGUCGGCUCCACCGACUUGCUUCGCACUCGCAUUGUGAUUCAGUACACCAAGUAG